AUGAAAGCUCUCCGGGUCGCAGCGCCCGCGCGCAUCACCACCGCUUGCCUCCGGCCCGCUCGUCUUGGCCGCGCCGCGCAGCAGACCAGAACAUUCCUCCCGAAUCCUUUCGCCGCCCUCAGUGGCUCCGGCUCCGGCUCCGGCUCCAGUGCGUCGGCCGCCGCGGCGCAACACCUCACCGCGACACGCACCCUGCCCUACCCAAGCGCCGCCAUCUACAACAUCAUCGCCGAUGUCUCGUCGUACCACUCCUUCCUGCCAUAUUGCCAGCGCUCCGACGUGACCGAGUGGUCGCGCCCGGACGCCGCCACGGGCAAGCGCUGGCCCGCCAGGGCAACGCUGGCCGUCGGCUGGGGCGCCAUCAGCGAGGCCUUCGCCUCGAGCAUCUACUGCGUGCCCGGCGAGAUCGUCGAGGCCGUCGGCGGCCGCUCGCGCACCCGCCUGCUGCCCGAGCAGAUCGCCCACCACGACGUGCCCGCCGAGAACGCGCCGCCCGACGGCCAGGGCGAGAUCCUCACCCACCUGCUCACGCGCUGGACCGUGACCCCCUUCCCCUACCAGCCGCCGCAGCCCGCAGGCGGCGCCACCGAGCUGGGUGCGGGCGUGGGUUCUGGCGGCGCACCUGUCAACCCCAUCGAUCCGCAGAAGCCCGCGUCUGGCCAGCCCGAGGAGCAGACCCAAGUGUCGCUCGUCAUCGAGUUCGCCUUUGCGAAUCCACUUUACGGGACCAUGAUGGCGGCAGUGACGCCCAUGGUGGCCAACUUGAUGAUCGAGGCGUUCGAGAAGCGCGUCGAGAAGCUCUUGGAUGGCCCAGGGCUGGGGGGGACGAAGCACAAGCUUCCGACCGAAGGUGUGCUGAAAUACAGCGGGCCGUUGAAACAGUAG